AUGGGUGAGGCUGAGGCUGAGUAUUGGCAGAGAGCUGUUGCUGUGCCAAGGUGUUGGCAGAGAGUUGUUGCUGUGCCGAAGUGUUGGCAGAUAGCUGGCGCUGAAGAGGGGUGUUGGCAGAGAGUUGUUGCUGUGGAAGAGGAGUGUUGGCAGAGAGUUGUUGCUGUGGAAGAGUGUUGGCAGAGAGCUGGCGUUGGAGAGGAGUAUUGGCAGAGAGCCGGCGUUGGAGAGGAGUAUUGGCAGAGAGCUGGCGUUGAAGAGGAGUAUUGGCAGAGAGUUGUUGCUGUGGAAGAGAGUUGGCAGAGAGCUGGCGUUGUGUCUGGGUGUUGGCAGAGAGUUGUUGCUGUGGAAGAGAGUUGGCAGAGAGCUGGCGUUGUGUCUGGGUGUUGGCAGAGAGUUGUUGCUGUGGAAGAGAGUUGGCAGAGAGCUGGCGUUGUGUCUGGGUGUUGGCAGAGAGUUGUUGCUGUGGAAGAGAGUUGGCAGAGAGCUGGCGUUGUGUCUGGGUGUUGGCAGAGAGUUGUUGCUGUGGAAGAGAGUUGGCAGAGAGCUGGCGUUGUGUCUGGGUGUUGGCAGAGAGUUGUUGCUGUGGAAGAGAGUUGGCCGAGAGCUGGAGUUGUGGGGGAGUGCUGGCAGAGAGUUGUGGCUGUGUGGGAGUGUUGGUACUGCUGGCUAAUGAAAGCUGGCGUUGAAGAGGAGCGUUGGCAGAGAGCUGGCGUUGUGUCUGGGUGUUGGCAGAAAGUGGGCUUUGUAGAGGAGCGUUGGCUGUUGAGAGCUGUUGCUGUGGAACAGAGUUGGUAG